GGCCGGGGAGUGGAAGGCCAAAGACGGAGAGGAGGGCGCUCGCUGCUGCUCCCCGCCAAAGCGCAGGCUCGGCCUGUCUUGUCCAGUGGGACUGCAAAGGGUCACUCUAAAACUUGCUGCAGCCGGGUCUUGUUAGGUGGCUGCUGGUGGCUCCCCACCGGAUUUUCCUUCUCCCUCUCUCUGUCUUCACAGAUCCGUUCCCAAAAGGAGUCUCCUGCUAAAACCUCAUCAUCUCAAGUUGAGCUGCCACUUCACCCAGGAGGACUAUUCCACAGGACUCAUGGACUCACCUAAUACCUAACCCAGAUCAGGAAUGUCAGGUACAAGUCAGGUCACCCAGCUACGUUUGAAUUUCAGCAGUUCAGACCCAGAUACAUAGAUGCCAUGUGAAGAAACCCUGUCUCAGUCUGUUCAUCCCUAUCUGAUAAUGAGUAGAUUCUAGAGAUAUGGAAGGUCAUAUUAAAGGGAGAAUUGGUGUAGAAACAGAUUUUGACAAUUCUGACAGCAAAACAAGCUCUUGCCUGUGACAGUGUAUUUGCCAACAUGGCACCCAAAAAGAAGAUUGUCAAAAAGAACAAAGGCGAUAUCAAUGAGAUGACUAUAAUCCUAGAAGAUAGCCCCCUAAACAAACUGAAUGCUUUGAAUGGGCUACUAGAGGGAGGCAAUGGCCUUAGCUGCAUUUCUUCUGAACUAACAGAUGCGUGUUAUGGCCCCAACCUAUUGGAAGGUUUAAGUAAAAUGCGACAGGAGAACUUCCUAUGUGACUUAGUCAUUGCUACCAAAACCAAAUCCUUUGAUGUUCAUAAGUCAGUGAUGGCUUCAUGCAGUGAGUACUUUUACAACAUCCUAAAAAAAGACCCGUCAACUCAGAGGGUGGAUCUCAAUGAUAUCUCACCGCUAGGCCUGGCCACUGUCAUCGCAUAUGCCUACACUGGAAAGCUCACUCUCUCCUUGUAUACAAUAGGAAGCAUUAUUUCUGCUGCUGUUUACCUUCAGAUCCACACUCUUGUAAAGAUGUGCAGUGAUUUUCUGAUACGGGAGAUGAGUGUUGAGAAUUGCAUGUAUGUAGUUAAUAUUGCUGAAACAUACUCCCUGAAAAAUGCAAAAGCAGCAGCACAGAAAUUUAUUCGGGAUAACUUCCUUGAAUUUGCAGAAUCAGAUCAGUUUAUGAAACUUACAUUUGAACAAAUUAAUGAACUUCUUAUAGAUGAUGACUUACAGUUGCCUUCUGAGAUAGUAGCAUUCCAGAUUGCAAUGAAAUGGCUAGAAUUUGACCAAAAGAGAGUAAAAUAUGCUGCAGAUCUUUUGAGCAAUAUUCGCUUUGGUACCAUCUCCGCACAAGACCUGGUCAAUUAUGUCCAAUCUGUACCAAGAAUGAUGCAAGAUGCUGAUUGUCACAAACUUCUCGUAGAUGCUAUGAACUACCACUUGCUUCCAUAUCAUCAGAACACAUUGCAAUCCAGGCGAACAAGAAUCCGAGGUGGCUGCCGAGUCCUCGUCACUGUUGGGGGACGUCCAGGCCUUACUGAGAAGUCCCUUAGCAGAGACAUCUUGUAUAGAGACCCUGAAAAUGGAUGGAGCAAGCUUACGGAAAUGCCAUCCAAAAGUUUUAAUCAGUGUGUGGCUGUGAUGGAUGGAUUUCUUUAUGUAGCCGGUGGUGAAGACCAGAAUGACGCAAGAAAUCAAGCCAAGCAUGCAGUCAGCAAUUUCUGCAGAUACGAUCCCCGCUUCAACACCUGGAUACACCUGGCCAGCAUGAACCAGAAGCGCACGCACUUCAGCCUGAGCGUGUUCAACGGGCUCCUGUACGCCGCGGGCGGCCGCAACGCAGAAGGCAGCCUGGCCUCGCUGGAGUGCUACGUGCCCUCCACCAAUCAGUGGCAGCCCAAGACGCCCCUGGAGGUGGCGCGCUGCUGCCACGCGGGCGCGGUCGCCGACGGCCGCGUGCUGGUGACCGGCGGCUACAUCGCCAACGCCUACUCGCGCUCCGUGUGCGCCUACGACCCGGCCAGCGACUCGUGGCAGGAGCUGCCGAGCCUGAGCACACCCCGGGGCUGGCACUGCGCGAUCACGCUGGGCGACAGAGUGUACGUGAUGGGCGGCAGCCAGGUGGGGCCGCGCGGGGAGCGCGUGGACGUGCUGACGGUGGAGUGCUACAGCCCCGCGACCGGCCAGUGGAGCUACGCGGCGCCGCUGCAGGUGGGGGUGAGCACGGCGGGAGCCUCGGCGCUGCACGGCCGCGCCUACCUGGUUGGGGGCUGGAACGAGGGCGAGAAGAAGUACAAGAAGUGCAUCCAGUGCUUCAGCCCCGAGCUCAACGAGUGGACGGAGGACGACGAGCUACCCGAGGCCACCGUCGGCGUGUCCUGCUGCACCCUCUCGAUGCCCAACAGCGUGACUCGGGAAUCCCGGGCCAGUUCGGUGUCUUCCGUGCCAGUCAGUAUCUGAGCCCAGGUAGCUGCGGGGACGCCGGAAGAACACGUUAUUUAUUUAUAGAGCCACGUGGUUAACCUUUGAGUUCGCGAAAAGGAAAAUAUUUAACAUUUACUACACUGAUUGUAUGGUAAAAUAUGUCAAGGCACAUGUCUUGAUGGCUUUAAAUUCCUGGUAUGGCAUAAUCUACCUCUGUGUCUUCUUUUUUUUUUUUUUUUUCUUAUCAAAAUCCAGGGCCAUAGCCAACAAAACAAAUUUAUUUCAGUGGCCACUGGGUGGCAGACGGAAUUCGUUACAGGCACUCUUCCAAGGCGGCAUGUUUCCUGAAAGUAUAGCGGUUACACCCACAUUUGAGAUUUUUUUCCUCUACACGUUAGUACACUUGAGGUUUAUGUGAGUGAUUUCAUGUUCAAAAGUUUAUUUUUCUCUCUCUCCUUUUUUCUUUACGAAAUUGAAGAUAUUCGUAUAGAUUUAUUUAAAAAUGAAAAUCAUCGAUAUCCGUAAAGACUUAAGAUUUAAUUCUGUAUUUCAACGCAAUUCCCCCCCCCCCAUACUUGAUUGAGUAGAGGAUUUUGAAAGAUAUCCCAUGACAACGUAAUAAAGCUUAAAACAAAAUCUGACUGAAAAGGAAUGAGGAUUCCCCCCAGGGACUGUAAAGUUAAUAACCUUUGUGUUAGCCAGCAUUCCUCUUCUUCCAAACCUCAGGCCCCAGUGUAUUUUCUGCCAUAAUCCUGCUUUCAAUGAAGGAAUCCAUAUUAGUCAUUUAAUUUAUAGUGUAAAUUUAAGUCAUUUGGUUGUUUCAACUGGAAGGAUUUGCAUUUUAUCCCUUGUCCUCUUUUAAAGAAGAAUUUCAAGUACCCUGGGAGCCUUACCCUCUCCCUAAAGGCUGCACCAACCUGUUGAAAGGCAACCUUGGCCCUAAUGUAUGCCCUGGGAAGAUCACCAAAUAAAACUAUGUCCCUAAGGACCAUUAGCCUGAAGCUUAGAUAGCCUGAAGUUUAUACUACCAAGAACAAUAAUUCGAUUUGCCCCCAUCUUUUAUGUGACAGUAAUGAAAGAAAUAUUUGGAAUUCGUAGAUUUGGCAGAAACUGGAUGAAUGGGUUCUCCUAUUAGUAAAUGCCAUCAUUUCCCAUUUCAUAUGGAUCUUCCUGAUUUCUUAAGUAAAAAUCAAAUACACAUCUCACAUAUAUAAAAAUAUAUGCUAAUUCUGCCCUAUUUUUAUUAAUCUCAUCUGCUCAAAAUUAGCUUUAUAAACCAAAGUGUAUCCACUUGAUAGCAUUUUUCUUACAUGUUUGCCAAGUUUUGCAGAAAGGGAAUGACUGUAGUAAAUGAUAUAUAUUUUCCUUUCUUAUAAUUUAUCACUUCAUUCGUUGACUGUUUUGGAGAGGAAGUGGCCUAUCAUGGGUUAUGUGCAAUUGGAUUUUGAAAAAUAAAACAAGCUAUUUAGAAAUUGAACAUGAGAUAUAUGGAAAUAACAUUUGGUUUUCAUUAAUCUCAUCCUCUCCACCUUGUGUAGAUAGGUUAUUACUAGAGUUAUGAUAUUUAUUUCUAAAAUAUUUUAUUUGAACUGUGAAAAGUGGUUCAUAUAGUACCCUUUGUGGAACAAUUUUAUAUCAUUGCCCCUUAUGAAAAGCUUAAUCUCUGAGUAUUUAAUGGUAACACUCAAGUAAGGGCUACAAAUGCUGUAAAUUAAGAACAAGGCAUUACUAAUGUAAAAACACUGGGCUGUUUCCUUAUCCCACACAAAGAAUCUUUUACCUUGCUAUAUGUGGAUGUAGUAUAUUACCUUGGUGUAUGUAUAUGUGUGUAUAUACACACACUCAUACAACUGAGAAGCAUAUAGUGUAUGGCUAAUUUUUAGAGAAAAAGGUGUCUUAUUGUGGGUUACACAUCAUAAGUGGGCAAAUAGACAUAAUUCCUUGAUGCAUACUAAUAGAUGUGUUCUCAUGGAUGUUUUAGAAGUAUUAUAUGAAGAGGAGGACCUAGGGCUUGAAAUAAAUGAGAAACAACCAAUUGUAACAUUACAUGAUGGAAUACUGAGAAGAGAUACUGAGACUACAGGGUUUUUCUUCUGUCAAAGCUUGAUAAAAUAGGUUGUGCAAAAACAUGGCAAUGGCUUUCUAGGGAUGAAACUGGAGACAUGUUAGAGCUGGACAAAUCAUUUGAAAUUAUAAUUUAUUUUCUGAAGUGUUUAAAGACUCAGAAAACCACGUAUUUGAGCUUACCAGAUUCCUGGAUGCAUUGCUGUUCUAUCUUCUGCUUCAACAGUUAGGAAAAUAAAGACCAAUAUGAAUUCGGAAUGUCAGAAUCUCUGACAUAAUACAAUGGUGAGGAGUAUGCAACAUAAGGGUUGGUGAAAGUUCCAUAUCCUGGAACAUCUUGCAUUGCCAAUUGAAAUAGAUGAAAGUAUGCAGAAUCAAAA